AUGACGGUACCGCCAGAGGCAUUAUUCAAGGAGAUUCCUGAACUUAUUGAGAUUGACUUAGGGGAAUCCAUCACAGCGCGAACCGAGGCUCUCAGUACAUUUCGUGAACUUGGACCUCCAGAUUUGUGCCAUGUUAUAAAGAGUACUGGAAAGAGCGGGGGCCGAGAGACAGGAUCCUAUCACUACGUUUCUGGAGUCGAUGCAUCGUCUUCUGCGUCGUUAGCGGCCUAUAUCAACUCGUUAACAUACGCUAUCGAAGACACUUCUGCUUGGUUCUCGACGACGGCGACAUGGAAAGUGCGAAGCGGGACAUAUUGCUGUUUCAAUGCAUUCUCCAGAGUCGACAUGCGAGUCGACGUUAAGAUCCCUGGAGGUGUACAUGCAUAUGUGAUCGAUCUGCGCGGUGAACGGCACGAAGCGACAGCGGAAAUUUGGCAAGAGACAUACGUAUCAGCAUUGCUCAGGGCCAUUCUGUACUCGGACGACCCCACCUACGCGCUUGAAGCUUAUCGGAAACUGGAUCCCAUUACAACAGCAGAAGGCGAACUUCGAUUCCUCCAGGCAGCAGAGGCUCUGUUCCCCAAGGGCUGGCAAGUGGGCUCUGAUCCUGAAAUCCAGGUCGCAACCGUCGUUUCGAAUCAUCUCACCGCGGGGAUCAUGAAGUACUUUGGAGACAGUGGUCGUUAUCAACAAGCAGCAAAUCUCUUCGAAAAGCUUGUUAUUCGGGAACCUGAAGUCUCUUCGUUACUGGCAAGAAGCUACAUCGGAAUGAACGAGGAAGUCAAAGCUGUGCAAAUCAUCGCGUCGGCUAUGCGAGAAACGCCCCAAUCUUAUACCCUUCUCCACGUCCAAUGCGACUUCCUGCGUUCGAAAGGCAAGUUCGAAUGGGCCCUCAAACUCGCACGGCAGGCCGUCAACUGUGCUCCCAGCGAGUUCGUCACCUGGGAAAAGCUUACCGAUAUCUAUUUGGAGCUCGGCCAGUACGAGUCGGCUCUUCUCACAUUGAACUCUUGUCCCAUGUUCACAUUCAACGGUCGGGACUCCCAUCGGACGCUUCCAGUCUCCAAGAUCCAUCUCCCUUUCACAAAAUCCAUCGGUGAAAUCCUUCCGGAGCGAAUCAAGACUGAAGACGACGAGGCCGAUCCUGCCCUUCUUCGUUUGCCAGCACCAGGUCUCCGCGGAACCUGGGCGAGGGCGUAUGCUCUGCUCACCCGGCUAGUCUCCCAAAUCGGAUGGGAUGAGCUCCUCAAGACACGGAGCAGUGUUUUCGUUAUGGAGGAGGAAUACCGUAUGCAAAAAGCGCAAGCCGAAGUUAAAGCCACAACCAACGGGGUCGACAACGGCGCUGAUUCGCCUGCGAACGGUGAUGCUGGACGCGCGGUGAUUCACGAAGACGGAACUGUCAGACCUUCGAUGGACGAUAAAGCCUCGACGCGUGCGAUCCCGCCUAGCCCCAAACAUCAGGAAUCGUCGAUACCGACGAUCAAGAUCUCUGCGGACGGGGAUCAGGAGGAGGAAGGCGAGGAGGCGGACAUUGUCCCCACGCCUGUUGCACCCAAACCGGGAGUGCAAAAACCACAACAAGCGGCGGCUGAUGAGAGUCAGGAUGGUUCGAGCGAGGCGAGCAGCAGUGCAAACAGCCCUGGAACUGGCGAAGCUUUCUCAUUUAGCAAUAAGCGACUCUGUGAGCGGUGGUUGGAUAAUCUGUUCAUGGUCCUCUACGAGGACCUCCGGGUGUGGACGAUCUUCCGAGCUGAGGUGGCACACUUCAAGACCCAGCAUGUAGCGUACCGCAAGACAGGAAUGGAGUGGGAGAUCUUGGGCGACCUAGGGCUGCGGUUGCACCACAAGGAGGAAGCCAAGGAGGCAUACCAGCGGUGUCUCGAUGCGCCUCGCUACUCGAUGAAGCCAUGGCUCAAGCUAAUGGAAGUGUACGCGGAGGAGGGUGACAUCCAGCGGACGAUCCAAACCGCAAUUCGGGUCGCUGCAUAUCAAUACGCCGACUAUACCGAGAUGACGUAUCCCACCUCCAUCUCGCGCGCGUUCUUCAAGUUGGGACAGAUCCAUGGGUUCGCCAAGAUCUCGUUUACACUUCUCAGCAUGGGACUGCCGGAUCAGAUUCUCAAGAUCAUGGAGAGCUACCUGCAGUAUGGGAAGGUGUUCAAGGUGGAGGGGUAUGAUUUCUGA